CUGUCACAACACCGGAAACACCUGCGACGCUGCUAACAGCGACCAUGCAGCUUGUUGUCAAAGAGAUUGCAACAUGAAAGACUGCAACGCGAAGGAGUUUGGGAACCCAAACUACCGAAUGUAUUUUUUGAAGCUCCACCCUCCGCAUCCGUUCGUGUGCAGCGGCUACUUGUGCGGUGAUGACGAAUCUGUUGGUACUUGUUGCGAGAAAAGCUGCCAACGACCCAGCUCGCAGAACGACUACUUCGGCUAUAACUUGGGCAGUGGGAAAGCUGUCGGCACGCUCUCGGACUGGAAAGAGGUGAUCGGAGACGCCCGGCCGGGGGAUUCACACAAGGACGAAAACGCCGGCGAGGGGCGCACCAGCUCGCUUCUGCAAUGUGAUUCCACCACCCACAUCGGGACCGCGUACUACCGGUGUACGAGCGCCGACGAGGAGCUGGCACUCACCGGCUGCCGGCAAAAGUGCAGUGCCACGGCCCUCAACUGCCAGACCGAGCACAGUCGGACCCAGAAACCCUAUUUCGAUCCAGAAACCACCGUCUGUUUUUCAAACCGGUGCGACGCAACUAGGCAAGCAGACGUGGAGGCGUGCUGCGUUCCCAAAUGCAGAGACGCCUUUUUCGGGAGCGGCAGCACGUGUCCGGGCCCCAGCGAAGGGUUUGUGGAAGGUGGGAAUCGAUCCGCCGCUGACUUCUGCUCUCCAGAUUGUACAGCCGCUCAAGAGACCGUCUCCUGCUGCACCCGACGCAAAGUGUGCCCGCACAUUCACCGCGUGACCCCAGACCCGCUGGCCAUCUUUACGAGCGACGGAAAUCUAGCCGCCUACUUUGGUGACGUCAACGAACACGGCGUCGUUGCAACGGAGAGCGAACUAAAUUGCAAGCACGAAGAGUACCACAUCAGUAAUUUUGUGCCAAUUUUCUCCCACCCUACUCUCAUUUGGCUCCAACUGAUUUUGCAUCAAUACCGAUGAUUUGUGUAGGUCGGUGGCGACCUUGACCUAGGCGACGUCGCGCAGUAGUAGUUUGUAAAAGCUGCUUUCGUUUCUUCUAGCGCUAGCACAAAAUCAGCUUGGCUGUGAAAAUGCCUGGUCUCGAAGAUAAGCUUGCUCGAUUUGCAUGAUCUUGAUCGUUGAUACUUCGGUAGAGAGGCCCUAAGUCGUCCUGUGUCACAAAUGAGAUCGGGUCGGUGAAGAUGAAAUUGUCGUACAGGAUACCAGCGUGUGGCUAAGCGGUCAAUACGCCGUCUCCGGAACAUUCUCCACAGAGCAGCGACUGAGGUUCUGUGCGGGCAGCGGCGAGUGCGACCCCGGUACUGCCAGCGCGCCGCUGGACGUUGUGGAGUGUUGCGAGCGGUACGAAUCGCAUGAUGGAUGGUUCUGUGACUCUUUCAACACUCCGCGUUUCUACGCCUCUGAGGAAGCAGCCAAGCGAGCCUGCGACAUUGGCUUCUGGGACACCGAGAACGAGGAGGUCGCGACGACGCUGUGCUACGGAUACCAGUAUGACGGAAACUUUUUCAACUCCGAAUUGCGAGAGACUUAUGAAAAAGACAGUGCUGGUCUAGGUCUUGAUGCUGAACAAGUUUUUGAAGUCUACGGGAUGUGGAGCUUACUCCUGCCUCCGAUUGAGCAGGUAGGCGACUCCGCCGUGAUCGAGAAGGACGGCAAGGAGUAUUUUGCCUACCAGCUCGCCGCAGACAACAGCAACAUCGAGAAAUCGAAAUCGUCCUAUCGACGGCAUUCCAGUCAUGGAAUGAAGCCAAACUGCGCGGAAGUUUCAAGCAGCAGCACCACUUCCAGUACGGAAAAGUAUAACGCGACCAGCAUUUCGGCCGGUGCGAACAGGGUGUUGUUAAAGAACUCGCGGGUGCCUGCGACGACGGAAGAUUCAUUGGUGACUGUGAAUUCCCAGUUCCUGAAUGUUGAGCGAUUGGCCGCAUUGUUUCCACUGGAGGAUGAAGUAGGUGGCAAACUUGCCGGGUUGUCCGAAGUUACCAUCCGAAUGCUCAUGCAUUCGAGUGAGGUGCAGGACCUGGAAAAAGAGCAGCAGGAGGCUGCAUCAUUGGAGAACGAGGAGAGCACUUCUGCAGCGGCUACUUCCGCGACCUCUAGUUUUGCAACACUCUUCGGCUCUGCUUUGCAAGAGCAUGACGGCUCCUUAUCAGACGAAGACCAUCUUCACACGAGGAGACGAAAGGCUGCAAGUCACCACCGGAAUGAACUAAAAGAAGUGGGGUCGCACGGUAGGAAAGAGCGAAAUAGCAGAAGGAGCUCCGCGGGAGGAGGAACUGGUCUCGGCCAGCAAUACAAAGCAAUCAAAAACGAUACUACCUUUGGCGUUAAAGUGCAGCGAGCUAUCGAAAGUAGCUUCAACCGAUAUCUCGUGGAGUCGGGACGGAGCUUCGAUGUGAUAGAGGGGUCAACCUUUACAGGUGGCGAGGAUGGUGUCUCUUCAGCUGCGUCAAAUGCAACCGAGGACGCUGAUAGCGGCGGCGCGAGGCUGUCCUCUUCCUUGAUACGGAAAGAGGAAGGUGGUCAUGCUAUCAACACGAAUAAACGAGUGCAACAAGAAGGAGCACACACGAACUCCCUGGGUUCGCAGGUACGUAACCACAAACAAAUGACGGCGCUUCAUCUGGAUUUGACAGAACAACAGCAGCAGCAACUUCGCAACACGCAAAGAAUUGAACAGGCCAUGGAUGGUACCACUACAGCAAUUGACCGCCUGUCAGUAUUGGGCGGAAAAGUCGCGUCCGCAGACGAGGAGGGCGGGAACCCCUUCAACUUUUCCGCGUACUUCCUCGGCGCCAUGCCGACGGCUGGCACCGAGGCAGCCAACAAGUUCCAGAAUAACACAGAGCUGGAUGAGAUCAUCACGAAGGCCAUACAGAGGCACAUUCUGAAGAAGUACCAUAACGCGACCAAGAAUACGACGACCUUGCGCUUGGACGGAAUUUCCGUCCAACUGCGGCGCGAAGUUACUUUUCUCGGUAUCGCGGAUGCCAAGGCCGCUGCUGGUGGCGCGGAUUCGCCGGCAGCGUCCUCGCUCCUUUUCGUCCAAGACCGGGAGCAUCAGCAACAAUUGGGCGCGCUGAUGAGCGCAGAGCUCGACAAGGAACUUGACCUGGAGAUGGCAACUUUUUUGGCCGCAGCCCGCAGGUCCAAGCUGCACCUGUCACCAACGUUCCAGCUGUUUCACGCCCGGAAGAUGGAGAAAAUCCUCAUCGCCAAGCAGCGCAAGCGACUUGCCGAGGAAAACCGGAAAAGAGAGGCACGGCGGCGCGACCUGGUGGUGGAAAGCAUGCGGAAGAUGAAGAAGAAACAGCAGCUUUCGUCGGCGGGAGAGAAAAACAAUAAAGGUCUUCACAAAUAUGCUGCGAAGACAGGAACUGGGGCGCAAGGGGGUGACCGAGCAGUUUCAUCCGGCGCUAGAGGAGCAAGUGCGGAGACAAAACCAACAGAAAAAUUGGUCACGCCGCGUUUCUCGUUCUUCGCCCUCCUCGAAAGACGCAGCCAGACCCUACUGAAAAAGGAAGCAGCAGAAAAAAACGCAACAAAAAGCGGCCCACCGUUCACUCUUUGGUGCGACUUGCAGCCCUCCGCGCUGGACGAAAUCGACAGCUGGAUCAAUCCGUGUCUUGUGUUAUUUGAGUACCCUGGUAGUAUCGGGUUUGUGGGUCUCAUCAUUUCUUUCGUUAUCACUUGUCUGAUCGUCUGCCGCCACUACCUUUUGUGCAGACAGCGCAAGCGCCCCGCGGAUCCAGCUCUGGUUCUGCUGGAGGGCGUCGGACAUGAAGACGCACUUCUGGCGGGAGAAUCGGCCGCUCCUGACCCCGCGGGUGCGCUGAAAAAGAAGCAGAAGAAGACCAAGAAAAUGGAAAAGGAAAAGGCGGAGUCGAAAGUUGCGGGCAUGAAAUUGGGAAUGACCACGGGAGGUGGGUCGUACACUGUGCAGCGUUCUCCAGCACUGCCCGGCGGCGGCGGAAGGCAGCCCGCAAACAAGGCACUCUCCGCCGCAGCUAGCGGUGGCUUUGCAGGGGCAAGUGCGGGUUUUGGCGCAGCUGUAUCCGGCUCUGCUGCGUUCGGAGCGCCGAAAGCUACCCGUGGCUUCGGAAAGUACUAGAACUGAGAUUCUGUAGAAUUCUUUUGGUCUCAACGUCAAGGAACUAAUUAUCGCUGUCACUAUUCGCCGUCUUGUGCUCCAUAUGUAGUUUUUCUUUUUCCGAUAUGUCGUGCCUUGGCUGUGAAUUUAUAAUAUUAGUUCGUUAUGAUGUUCAUGUUUCGGUGUGCUGUUUUUCUUUUUGGUAGUUUUCGUUUUUCGCUAUUAAUUUUUUCUUUGUUCUCGCCCAGAAGUUGGCGCUGAGCGUUUCUGCUUGAUUUCAAUCUACAAAGGUUUUCUGUCAAGAAGCACUGAUUACAACUACAAGUUUCGUCAAUCUAAGUACUCAAUAUUUCGUUGUCUUGUGUCUGAUGAGAUGUCAUGGCACGAGGACUGGCUCCCUCUGUAAUUGCAAUUGCUCGAGCGCUAAACGAAGAGCUCGCUUAGCGAUCCCAACUGCACAAGUACCAUAUGGUGUAGCCGUCGCUCCUGUUUUUUUAAGUACUGCUCUCCUUUACACAUAGUUGGAACUGGACGUUUAGUUUCGUGAGUUUGCUUUCUAUUUAUUUCGCUUUGUUGCCGCGCUUCGUCGCCGCUGCACUAUAACUUUUAUUUUCUCGGGUGGACCGAAGAUUCAGAUUGCAUGAUGACCUCAAAGCUGUCGAUCAAAAUGAAAUAUUUUGAAGCGGUGUACGUCGCCAAGACUGACCACACA